CAGUUGAACAUUGAGAGUGAAACAUAACACAACACAGCCAAAGGGGAUUUGAUCAUCACAACUCCUACAUCAUCUUAAGAUCCUCAUCUUUUUUUCAAAACUCUUGAAAAUAACUUUUUUCUGUAUGAUAAUCUCACCUUUGCAUCGGAAGUGAAUCAUUUUUGUAUCUCUUUUUUUUUUGAUACUAAUCCAGUGUUUGGAUUAAUUUUUUUUCUCAUUCUAAUUUUGAUUGUUUGAUUGUCAACAUUGAAUAUUAUCAUCAUCGUCCUCGUCAUCGUCAAGUGUCAAAGACGGAAUGAUGAUGAUGCUUUAGCAUUUUCUCUCAUGGUGUUCAUUUUGAUAAGUUUAUUUGAUAAUUUCCAGGAAAAUGAUUAUAUCAGCUGAUUGUCCUCAUCUAACUAUUGACCAUCAUCAUCAUCACUCUCAUCAUAAUGGUGAGUUGAUACAACGACAAAAUCCCAAAUGGAUAACUGGAUCAAAAUUAGAAAUGACAAAUGAACAACAUCAAGAACAACAAUCAAUUAAAUUAAAGUGUAAUUACCAUUGGAAAUCAGUUAAUCAAUAUAAUUGGAUAAAUAAUUGUUAUUAUAAUAAUAUAAGUUUACUUGUUAUCAUAUUUUUAUUUCUAUGGUCAAUUAAUUGUCCAGUUAAUGGUCAAACAAUUGAUUCAAGUGAUUCAGUUUUACUUCCCGUUACAAUCCCAACCAUUAAAGGCCUUGUAGGUGAUAAAGUUUCGAUACCAUGUAACAUUAACACAGCCGAUUGUGGUGAAGUUUAUUUUGUCGCUUGGACCAAGAAUAAAGUUCUAGAUGAAAAUUCUGAAACUUGGUCUCGAGUUUACAUGUACAGUGAGAGUAUAAAUAAACCCUUAAGUGAGCUAUCCAAUCGAGCAGUUUUUCAAGUUUCAUCCUUAUCUCCAUCAUCAGCAUCCUCAUCCUCAUCUACAUCAUCCGCCUCUCAAGAAGAGGGUGGUGGAGGUAAUUUGCUCAUAGAAAAACUUAAACUGACCGAUGAGGCUUAUUAUAAAUGUGAUGUUACCUACAUUUCAGUUGGAAAGUGCCCUUCCUUAACUUACAUUCACCUUGAAAUUUUGGCUGCACCAUCAAGGGCGUUAAUCUCAUUCAGUGAUAGUCAAGGUAAUCCAAGUAAAUCAAUUGAAACUUCAAGUAACAUUGGACCAUUUAAAGAGGGGGAAGAGGUUAAAUUGACCUGUGGAGUGACCGGUGGUAAACCUUUACCUAAACUUGAAUGGUGGUCAGUUAAAAGUUCAUCAGGUGAUAAUUUGAAUAAUAAAAUUAUUUUAUCUGCAUCACCUUUGGGUCAAAUGGAUAAUAGUUCAACCAGUCUUGCCUUGAUUAAAAAAAUUGACCGUAGUGACCUUAAUAGGAGAUUAUAUUGUCAUGUGUCCCAUGAAUCAAUUGAACCGGACGAUUAUAAAUAUGAUUCAUUUGUAGAUGUUGAUGUUUAUGUUGGUGCUUUAAAUGUUUACAUUGUUGGACCAAUUGAUGAAGUUAAGGAAAAUGAUUUAAUUACAAUUAAAUGUAUUGCAACUGCAAGUCGACCUCAUGUUAAUAUUGAAUGGUUCAAUGGAACUAUGCCUAUGUCGAAUGUUAAAAUUUCGGAGGAAAUUUAUGAAGAUAAAGAUUCUAAUGAUGGUACAAAACGAACGGAGUCCAUCAUGGAAUUUUAUAUAACCCGAUAUGACCAUUUAUCGACAAUCGAGUGUCGAGCAAUUAAUCCUGCCAUGAAUGAACCAAUUAAGGCUACAAUUCAAUUCAAAGUCCUAUAUUCACCGACCAUUGUAAUGGAACCUGAGAAUGGCCUUAAACUACAAGAGAAUCAAGAAUCUAUCAACAUCUAUUGUACUUAUAACUCGAAUCCGAUUGAAUUGAAACGAAAUGAGACUCGUUGGUACAAAGAUAACGAAGAGAUCGAUAUCGAGGCAUCGGAGGGCCGAUAUUUGAACAUUUUCUCCGGUUACCCGAUACUUUCGAUAGUAAAUGUGACCCGUGAACACUCAGGUACAUAUUAUUGUUCAGUAGAAAACGAAAUUGGUUCGACUAAGGCCAAAAACGGAGUCCGUUUAAACAUCAUUUACCGUCCAACGGUUGUAUUCAGAAUCUAUCCCGAUGUAAGUGGCAAUAUGAUGAUAAAAGAGGGAGAUGAUAUUCAAUUACUAUGUGACCUGGAAGAUGGGAAUCCGUCCAAUGUAUCAAAAGUCCGCUGGAUUAGGACAACAUCCGAGGGAAAUGAGGUGAUUAUCAAUGAAACCACACAGAAUGAGAUUGUCUGGUUAUCGGUGGACAAGUCACUUUCCGGAAACUAUUCAUGUUCAGCGUUAAACGAUGCUGGUUGGUCUGAGUUAUCAAAUAAACUUGAACUUGAUGUUAAAUUUUUACCUUCACGGGCACAAGUUCAGCAAAUUAACGGUAAUCAUCCGGUUAAAGGUGAACCAUUGAUUCUUGAAUGUAUUGUCCACUCUCUGGGAUGGCCAAUAGCCACUGAAUACCUCUGGGAACAUGAUGGUAUUCAUUUGGUUGAUUCAACUGAAUCCAUUCUCAAUAUAACCAAUGUUACCCUGUCCACUCGUGGUAAUUAUUCAUGUGCAGCCAUCAGCUCGGCAGGAUUAGGAGCUAAAGGUUACCUUUAUGUUCAACCAAUGGUACCACCUAAAUUGAUUGAAUCUUUACCCGCCGUGGAUGGAGCCCUUUUCAAUGCCUCUCAACAUUCAGUUUCAUGUCGAGUUGAAUGUGACCCUCCCUGUUCAAUUAAAUGGUAUCUCAAUGGUUCAUUGAUUGAUCCAAAUUCAACCUCAAGUUCGGCAAGAACGUUCACCAUCAAGGAGACUCAACACCCGGAGGAAAAGGAAGCAAAUAUUUUCCUCAGCAUCGUUUCAACCUUAUCUUGGAAUUUGAAUAAACCUUUGAGUAGGGAAACCGAUAAUUCAGAGAUAACUUGUUCAUCGACCAAUAAUAUCGCUGGAACAGGGGUAGAGUCUAACAUGGAGUUUCGAGUUGAAUAUCCUCCUGAAAAUUUAUCCAUCUCACCUCAAGUUGUUGAAGUGAUUGAAGGUAAAACACCCGAGGCGAUAAGAUGCCACAGUGAUGCUCUUCCUAAACCCUAUUAUCGUUGGGAAAGAUGGGGUGCCCCUAUUGCAGAAUCAUCGAUUCUUGAGAUUCACAAUCCAAUGACUCAGGAUACCGGCGGUAAUUACUCAUGUGUUGCCUACAAUAGGCACGGAAAGGCCCGAAUCGAUGCAGUUAUCAAUGUACUUCAUAAGCCCAUUUGUGAAAUAUCUGAAUCUGAAAUUCGUGGUACCGAUACCGAUACUUUCUCAUCAUCAUCUCACUCCUCAUCUUAUAUUGUCUUAAUCUGUGAGGCCAUUGCUAAUCCAAGUGAUAAUUUAUCCUUCCAAUGGAUUAUCGGUAAUUCAACUUUCACCUCAACCAAUUCAACCAAUGACAUUGUCACCAAUCAAGGUUCACGAAGUCAAAUUGUCAUCUCACCAAAUGAUGAGUCAAUGUUUGGCACUUGGAACUGCUCAGUGACCAAUAGUAUCGGCUCAUCUUAUUGCCUCUUCACCAAAUCCGCGCCUUUAGUUGACUCUCGGUGGACAAUGCCACAUCUUGACGAGAAAUCUAUCAUUUUAAUAGCAGGAAUCAUCGCAAUCAUCAUAAUCAUCUUCAUCAUCAUUCUCAUCAUCAUGUUUUGUCGGAUGAAAAGUCGACGUGCCAAACAAGAAGCCGAUUCAUUGGCCCAGGAUAGUCAAAAACCUGAAAGUGACCGAACCUCAACUCCAUCAUCUUACAUCAGUCAUGUGCCUUCAAACAAAGCUAUUAAAUACCUUUCGGAAUCAAAUUAUCGCCUUAAAAGACAUGAUCGAGUCUUUGGAUUCUUACCCUUAAAUGUAGAUGUAAUUCCGAGUGUUAAUCAUCACAAUUAUCUUUCUGAUUCGGUUCAAUCAGCUAACGCAGUUAAUACUCACCACAAUCAAUCAAAUCAUCAACAAUUAGAGUCAACACCUAAAUUGCCCAAUGGUGAUAAUCUGAUAAUCAAUGAUAACAAUGAAAGUGAUUUAGGUGCUAAUAGUGAUCAAAGUGAUAACAAUCAACACAGUCCAUCAUCCGGAAUAUCAACAGCCAAGGAUAUGUAUGAAAAUAUGCCUUUCCACCGGAGGGAUUUCUUGUAUAAUAAUGAUGACGAGAUUAAACCUUACUUGAUAUCUCAUCAAUAUGAAGAGAUAACUGAAUUAACUAAUCACUUGAAAGGGUCUAAAUCAAAUCGUCAAAAUAAACUAAAGGAUAUAAACUCAUUGACUAAAUACGGACCAUUAGAGCAGAAUAUAGUUUACGCUGAUCUACAAUUAACUUACGAUGAGAAUGAUUUAGUUGUUAACAAUAAAGGAUAUCAAAUGCAUUCUAACCUGAUUAACCUUCCCAAUGAUACCUUAUUACAUAGGAAAAAUUCAACCCCAAUGGCAACAAUUAAAACGUUAAACCAACAACCCAAUCAACAGCAAUUGCAUCAUUAUCACAAUCCAACUAAUUAUGUUAAACAACAACAACAACAAUUAGCUAAUAAUAAGAAAUUAUAUUCAUCCAAUAGAAGUUUAACUUUUUCUCAUCCUACUAAUCAACAAUAUCGAAAUCAUCAUCAUCAGCUUGUUGGUCAUCAUCUUAAUAAUCCACCUUCAUCACAACAGCAUCCUCAUCCUCAUCAUCUUCAUCAUCAUCAGACACUUCAUCAUAAUCAUCAACAGCAUCAACCAAAUACUUAUAAUAAUAAUAACAGUUACCGACAAUUUAAUAACAAUAAUAUUAAUAAUAAUCAACAGCAUCCGUCCUUACCUUUGAAUGGUCAUCAUCAUCCUCCUCUCCCUCCUCUUCAUCAUUAUCAUCAUCAACAAAGUCCACCACAAUCAUCGAGUGAACUGUCAACACCCUCGCACCAGAUUCAUUAUGCUUCAUCCCGAAUCAGUGAUUAUGCUGUCCUAAGAUUUGAUAAAACACCUUCACCUCCUUCAAUUUGUUGAUUUAAAGCCCAAACAAUUAAUACCUCUGAACAAUCAAAUCAAAAUUAACUUUCUAUUGUAAUCAAUGUCCAACAAUUAACUUUUCCCUCUUCUUUGUAAUUUUGCAACUCGUUGUAAACUCGACAAUUGUUUUUGUUUUUUUUGUUUUGUUUUUAAGCACCAAGUUAAAUCUUAGCACGCAAACAUUUUCCUCCAUCAUCAUCAUCAUCCCUCUUUGUAUCCUGUGUCACCCUCUCCCACUCCCUCAAUUUACCUGUGUCUAUGUUGAUGAUGAUAAUUGCUCCAUCUCUUACUUUUUACUCUCACUCUCUCAUGGCCUUGAAGAUGAUAAACUGACAUUUAAACUUUUGUCUCUCUCUCUCUUUCUCUGGGAACAAAAACAAACCAGAAUAAUAUCAGACCCUCAUCAUCAUCAUCAUCAUGAAGAGAGAGAGAGAUAGAGAGAUUCAAUAUUCUCCCCUUAAUGUCUUUGUCAUCUUACUCUUUCUUAUCAUCAAUCUCCUUCUUUGUUAAUUAUCUUCAUCUUUAUACUCUUUCUUUUACUCAUGUCUUACCCUCUCUCUCUCUCUCUCAUCUUUUCUCCUUUAUCUUCUCACUGUCUUCUUCUUCUCAUCCUCAUCGUCAUUUUGAAAAUGAUUAUUAUUACGAUAAUACAACUGAUUAAAUUCAAAAGCCUUUUGGAUUGAACCUCGAGGCUGAUCUCAUCUAUGCUGAUCUCGUUGAAAAUAUUGAAGUGGUUUCAACACCAUGAAUAGGAUUCAAACACAUGAACUUACACACACUUUGCCUUUUGACCUGAUCGCCCACCAGCGGGAAGGAUUUACAUUUAGGAUCCACCAUGAAAGCCAACAACAAAAUCCACACCACACCUACAGAAAUAACGAAACAAUUUUGUUAACAGAAUAAAAAUAUUACAUGAUAAUAAUAAAUUCUAAUAAGAAUAAAAUG